GAGGGCAGAGAGGGAAGACAGCAAAAAGAGCCUGCAGUCAAAACACAGGGUGAAGAAAAACACUGAAGGAGAAACACUGCUAAUCUUCACAGAAGCCGUUCGAGAUUUGUUAUCUGAGUCCUUGCUACCUGCGAGGCUAUAAACCCAUUUUUUUCAUUGUAGCAGUCUUUAGUAGCUCUCAUCAUGAGAUGCUGUGCUUUAGCUGUGUGCUUAAUUUUGGGGAUAAGCACGCAAGUUGGUUGGAGCCUCCCCCUCAAGUCUGUCUUUGUCAACUUCCCAGGAGACAUCAUCAAAAACGUGACUGAUACCGAGCUGGCAGAAAGGUAUCUGAAGAAGUUUGGCUACCUGGACACACUGCAGCGCAGUGGCUUCCAGUCCAUGGUGUCCACCUCCAAAGCUUUGAAAAGGAUGCAGAGGCAGAUGGGUCUGGAGGAGAGUGGAAAACUGGAUGCAGCCACCAUAGAGGCCAUGAAGCAGCCUCGCUGUGGGGUUCCUGAUGUAGCCAACUACAAAACCUUUGAUGGAGAUCUGAAAUGGGACCAUAAUGAUGUCACUUAUAGAGUCAUUAAUUACACCCCUGACAUGGACAGCGCUCUGAUCGAUGACGCUUUCGUCAGAGCCUUCAAAGUGUGGAGUGAUGUGACCCCUCUCACCUUCACCCGACUCUACGAUGGAACAGCUGACAUCAUGAUUUCAUUCGGAAAAGCUGAUCAUGGAGACCCUUACCCAUUUGAUGGUAAAGAUGGCCUUCUGGCUCAUGCAUACCCCCCUGGUGAGGGCAUGCAGGGCGACGCCCACUUUGAUGAUGAUGAGUACUGGACUUUGGGAGCAGGACCAGCUGUGAAGACCCACUAUGGGAAUGCGGAUGGAGCCAUGUGCCACUUCCCCUUCAUUUUUGAGGGCAAAUCUUACACUUCCUGUACCACUGAUGGCCGCACUGACAACCUGCCAUGGUGUGCCACCACAGCAGACUACAGCAGAGACCAGAAAUAUGGCUUCUGCCCAAGUGAACUUCUCUUCACAUUUGGAGGAAACGCCGAUGGAGCAAAGUGUGUAUUCCCCUUCGUCUUCCAGGGAAAGGAAUAUGACAGCUGUACCACUGAGGGCCGCAGUGAUGGCUACCGCUGGUGUGCCACCACAGACAAUUUUGACAGGGAUGUAAAAUAUGGAUUCUGCCCCAGCCGUGACACAGCUGUGAUCGGUGGAAACUCUGAGGGAGAGCCCUGCCACUUCCCAUUUAAGUUUCUGGGCAAAGAAUACAACUCCUGCACAAGUGAGGGCCGGGUAGAUGGCAAGCUGUGGUGCAGUACAACUGAUGACUACAAUGAUGACAAGAAAUGGGGUUUCUGCCCUGAUCAGGGUUAUAGUCUGUUCCUUGUGGCAGCUCAUGAGUUCGGACACGCCCUUGGCCUGGAUCACUCCAAUAUCAGAGAGGCUCUCAUGUUCCCCUCAUACAGCUAUGUGAAAGACUUCUCUCUGCAUGAAGACGACAUCGAAGGCAUUCAGUACCUCUAUGGAAGCAGAACUGGCCCUGAUCCCACCCCACCUCAGCCUGACACCCCUACCACCACCCAGUACCCAGACGAGGAAACGACUGAACCCACAGAGGAGCCUGAGCCCACUGAGCCCACCAUCACUACCACCACAGCUCCUGUGGACCCAACCCAAGAUGCCUGCAAGGCCACCAAAUUUGACACCAUCACUGUGAUAAGUGAAGAGCUACACUUCUUCAAGAAUGGAUAUUACUGGAAGAUGCCCAACAAUGGUGAAGGAGGACCCAAGGGGCCGUUCUCUAUUUCUGAGAAAUGGCCAGCUCUUCCUGCUGUUAUUGACUCUGCCUUUGAGGAUCUUGUGACCAGGAAAUUGUAUUUCUUCUCAGGAACCAGAUUCUGGGUGUACACGGCAAAGAAUGUUCUGGGCCCUCGCAGCAUUGAAAAGCUCGGCCUCCCCAGCACCAUUCAGAAAGUGGAGGGAGCUCUGCAGAGGGGCAGAGGCAAAGUGCUGCUCUUCAGUGGGGAGAACUUUUGGAGGCUCGAUGUGAAGGCUCAGAAAAUCGACAGAGGGUACCCAAGAUACACAGAUGCCGUGUUUGGUGGUGUUCCCAAUGAUGCUCAUGAUGUAUUUUUGUACAAAGGUCACAUCCACUUCUGCAGGGAUCGCUUCUACUGGCGUAUGAACUCCCGCAGGCAGGUGGAUCGCGUCGGCUACGUGAAAUACGACCUCCUCAAGUGCACAGAUCAUUCACUGGCUCUCUACUGAGCAGAUGAACACCUAGGGUAGAACUGGGAAUAACCUGUAAUGUGGUAGCACCUCUUUUAUUUCUCUAGUGCAGGUGUCAAGAAGAAUGUGAUGCAGCAAUUGUGUAUAGCGCCAGUUAAUGUGUGUGCUUUUUGGGAUGCAAUAAUUGGCAAGUCAGCUAUUUCUAUCUAAUACACAUUUGUUUUUUUAAAACAGACCAAAAACAUCAAAGACCCAGAAAGCAAAGUAUAUCAAGAUCUCUGGCACCACUCUGUCAUUGUUACAAAUAUGUGAACUGACUAUGGUAGUCUAAAAUCUGACUCCCGUAUGAAAAAGGCUAUUAUAAAAAGCUGCCUGGAUAAAAUUCCAGGUUUUUUUAUUUUAUUUUAAAGUCUGACAGGUUCAGACUCUCAGCAGUAUUGGAUUUAAUUUGUUUUCUUUUGGUAUUUAAAGCAAAAUCUCAUAUUUUUUGUGUCCUGAAGCUUGUAUGUUUUGUAUAAUUCAAUGUGUUAUUUCUUAAAUGGCUUCAAUGCCAUUUACUUGCACUGGAAGACAAUGCAUGUCUCCUCCACUGAAAUUAUUUAUUAGACUUUUAUUUUGUACUAAAAUCUUUAAUUUCAAUGCAAUAAACAUUAAGUGAUAA